AUGACAACGAUGGCACCAAGUCGAGUGCUCCGGGUUGUGUGCAUCUCGGACACGCAUAGCAGGCACAACGACUUGGUCGUGCCGGACGGCGACAUCUUGAUCCACGCUGGCGACUUUACAAAGCGCGGAGGCCACGCCGAGAUCAAGGCCUUUGACGACUGGCUGGCCGCGCUGCCCCACCGCCACAAGGUUGUGGUUGCGGGCAACCACGAGCUGUCGCUCGAUGCGGCAUGGUACCCCACUGACUGGAAAAAGUGGCACAAAACCUUCCAGGACCCGAGCGUCUCGAAGCAGCUUUUGCGCCACUGCACAUAUUUGGAGAACCAAGUGCUGGAAGUCGAAGGCCUCCGCAUCUUUGGGUCGCCGUACAGCACGCUCAACCCCGGCGCCGUCAUGGCCUUCCAGGCGUUUCCCGGCUCGCACGCGCAGGGCAUUUGGGGCCAAGCUCCUGCGAACGUCGACAUUCUUGUGACACACGGACCGCCGCUUGGAAUCCGCGACCUGAGCGUGCGCGGCCACCGCUGCGGCGACGAAGACCUUUUGCACGACGUCCAGACGCGCAUUCUGCCCAAGUACCACGUCUUUGGCCACAUCCACGAGUGCUAUGGCUCCGAGACAAUUGGUCCCACGACCUUUAUCAACGCUGCUUCCUCCACGCUGCUCCGGCAGUGCACCAACGCACCGAUCGUCUUUGACAUUGCUCUCGCCUCAAAAGACGACGAAACAAUGUAAUUGCUACACAAAGGUACGUCUUUGCUUGUGCGGUUUGAUCCAUCUUCAAGGUCCAAAUUAUAAUACUUCGAGUUCUCUUUCUAUAUGAUUGUCUACAUCAAAAUGGAUUAAAACAACUGCCCAAAAGUGUGUAGACUAAAGAUUUCAUUGAUCACAAAGGACUCGUGUUUAUUGCU